AUGGGCGACACGGAGCAGCCCGAUGCUACGGAGGAGGGCGAGCCCAACGAGGGCGAGGGCGAAAACCAGGAGGCCGCGAACCCCGAGGAAACCAAGGAUGCCAAGGAUGUGGUGGAGGUCGACGACGACGAAGAGGCUGACAAAGGAGAUUCGCAAAAGAAAGCUCGCACUGAAGCUGCACCGACAAACGGCGAUUCAAAGGAAGCCGCUGCCGUCGAGUCGAAGUUCUUGGUGGCACGGCAUCUCCCGGAUUCGGCACGACACCGGGAGUGGUUUGACAAGUUUGGCUCCACUGGCAAGGUCCAGCAGGUCACGUUUUUCGGCCGCGACCCUCCCUCGGCCGUAGUCGAGGCCGAGACGUCCGCCGAAGCCGCUGCACUGGUCAAGGAACUGAAUGGCAUGGAUGUCGAUGGAGCGACUGUCGACGCCAAGCUCAUUGACCAGGUGUGUCUCUUUGCCUAUUCACUCCGUCAUGCGAGUUGUGGCGAUGCUGCGAUAGCUUUCUGUGGUACUUGUGGCAGCAUUCUGACGAGCGAUCUCGUCUUCUGCGAGAUCGCCAGGCACGCAGUGGCGAUCGACACGGUCGCUAUCCAGACCGCGGUGCGAGGAUGCGGGGACCACCCGACCGUGGCCACCGCAGAGACCGCAGCCGGAGCCGUCGCGGCGGUGGUGGCGGCGGUGGCGGCGGCGGAGGCAGAAGCCCGUCGGGUCGUCUCCUCGACAGCGGAAGCAUCUGCGGUCCAGCUUUGCUCAGUUCGCGAUUUUGCUAAGGUCGAGGUCGGCGCUACGGAGAUCGUGGGGAUCGGCCAGGAGGCGACCGGGGAGGCCGCGAUCGACGCGGUGACCGCGGGGGCCCUGGGCCACGAGAUCGGGAUUGGGACCGCGGAGGAGGUGGCUAUCGCCUGGCCGAGCGAAGGCGUUCGGACCGUGGCGAGUGGGAAGAGCGGCGGGGAGAAGGAGGAAGGCGCAGAAGACGGCAUGGCUUCUCCCGACGAGCCGAACGUCCAGACAGGCGGCGUCCCAGAGGUCGACCCGAGGAUGAGCGUCGCUCUCGGCCCCGCAGCGUCGAGGCGCCAAUGGUGCGGGCGAAGAUAG